GGCGGUGCUUUUAAAUAGAGCAAUUACCUCUCAUAAACUUUUUGAUUCUUUUUCUCCUGGGGCGGUCUUAUUUACACAUAUGUGUCCAGUUACAGUUUUGCAGAUAAUAUGACCCGAUAAUCGGCUUUAUCCAGACCUAAAUCGGAAGCCAAAGUAGGUCAAUAUCAAAUUCCUUGCAGCCCCAAUGUUUACUUGUGCUCUGCCACAGGAAUUGAACUCUGAACUUGGGGGACUUUGUCCUCUCACAUUUAGUGCAGUGCACAGAUUGAACACCCGGCUAAAAUUCUAAGCCAAGAUGGAUGUGGUUAUGAAGAUCAUUCUAGCUUUUUGUCUUUUCUUAACAGCUACUUCAUUACCUCGCAUGCCUUUAGGCCAUUCAUUCAGGUAUGAGCCAGGGAAGAGCCACAAAUACAGCUACAAGACAGUCAUCCGUGUCAAUGAACCAAGUGCUAGAAGCAAAGAUGUGGGACUGACCCUUACCUGUACUGUCCAUCUCUCUCCCCUGUGGUCAAGCACUAGUGAGCAGCUCAUUCAAUUAACUUUGUCAGAUGUUAAGCUCCAGGGUUUGGCGCUGACCAAACAUCUGGUGGAUUACAAGCAGUUAUCGAGAUAUCCAGCAGCUUUUCAGUGGACAGAUGGACAAGUUGGACAGUUCUUUGCAGCAGAGAAAGAUUCAAAUACGGUUGUCAGUUUGAAAAAAGGCAUCGUAAGUUUACUGCAAGUCAAAGGACAAGCAGGUCAAUUCAAAGAGGUUGAUACAUCUGGGGAUUGUGAAGUAAAAUAUCAAGUAGAAGGACUCCAUAUUACCAAGACGAAGCAGUGCAGACCUCUGGAAAUUGCAGGGGAGUACAGAAAUGUUAAUCAGGUCCAGAGUACCUCUGUCACCAGUAGUGUCCAGACAGACAUUGACUUCAAGGAUGAUCUAAUCCAGAGUGUUGUGACUGCAGAGAGCCAUGUGGCUUCCUUGAAUAUACGCUCCAGUGUUGGUGGUCAGAUCAAGACCAACCAAGAGUUGAAGUACAUCUCAUCAGAUCCCUCUAAAAAGGCCACCCAAGGCACCUCUUUGGAAACCGCUCUUGAUGCUCUCAAUAAAGAAGGGAACUAUGGAAUGUAUGCCAUGCUUCUUGCCACCAGCCCUGAUACUCAGCAGUGUGGAGGGGAAUGUGUCUCAGCCACAGAACUGGUAGAAAAAUACAGAGAAGAAGCUUUAAAGAGUGAAAGUCUAGCCAAGACAUCAUCUGCAGAAGCCUUUCUGAACCUGGUUGACAGUUUCAGAGAUGUGGGUAAAAAUGUCCUGCUGGAUAUCCUCAAGAGUGAAGACAAUGCAGAUGUCCUACCUCAACUCAUUGAUGCUGCCGUGGCAACCCAGACCCCAGCCAGCCAAGAGGCUCUGAUGGAGCUGAUCAAUUUUGAGGAUGAUUAUUACACACAAAAUUCUGAGAGAUACUUAUUUACUGUUUCCUUCUCUACCCACCCUAGUGAACAACUGCUCAAAGAUUUAUUAGAAUUAUACAAAAAAGAUGUACCAAGUGAAACAGUUCGAGAAUCUAUAGGCCUUGCCUUGGGAGCAGUUCUGAAUACUUACUGCAGACAGACAGGGCAGUGGGGUUCACAGAUUUCAAAGGCCAUAGAGGAAGCCAUCACAACCAAACUGGCUGCGUGUGAGGACGAGGCUUGCAAGCUACGACAGCUUCGAGCAUUGAUGAAUGCCCAUCUUCCAACCACGGUGCCUAUUCUGACCAAGUACGCUGAGGAAGCCAAGGAGACCAUAGUGGCCAUGGCAGCCCUUAAAGCAUUAGGCAAAAUUGACAUGCAGUAUAUUACAAAAGAGGUUCAAGCCGUGCUUGCUCGUAUCUACCAUCAAAACAAUCGCGUAUAUGACACCACCAUAAGAUCUGCAGCAGUGGUCAUCUUGCUUAAAAGCCAUCCGUCCCCAGCACAGCUGAAAGUGAUUCUGCUCUCCCUGACUGACCAGUCCCAAUAUGAGAUGUCCACCUAUGUUCUAGCUAAACUGAGAGAUCUCAUGAAGAACUGCCCUGAAUUCAGAUCAUUAGUUCAGGAUGUACUGAAGGAUGUCAGGAUCAACAACUACCAAGUGAUAGCUCAGAAGGGAUUGUCCAGUGCCUUCAGUAACUUCCUUGCAGUGACCCAGGACACCAACAGCACCUAUGGGUUGUAUAUGGAGAAUUCUAAGUCGGGUAUCAUGAAGUCCAGUAGCAUGGAUGUAGAUUUGAUUACUAAACAUCAGAUAUUGCCCAUUUUAUCUUUUGGUCUGUAUACCAACCACCUGGAGAGCCUGGCUGGGGAUGAUGGGGCAGCAGAAACCACCGCAGACACAGGAGAAGAUGAAGCAGAAAAGGAGCCCACAGCUGGGAUGUCCCUAGACUUGAUGGAUGUGGGACUGAGGCCAGUGGAGUUCUUCCGUGGUCAGGGAGGACUGAUGUCGGCUGUGUGGAAUGCUCCUUCCGAACCUAUAUCUGCAUUACAGGGUAACAUCUUAGCACAGGACCAUGUGCAGAGAAUCCACCUGCAGAACGGAGUUGUUCUGGAACUGCAUGUACUGGGCGCGGUCUCCAUUGAUCUGUCAGGAUCCAUCAGUAUUAGUUUGUGGAAUAGAAAUUCACAUUCUGUUGUGUAUAACAGUGGUGCUAUGGUUGUGAAAACCUCCCUACAGACAAGCAGUGUUCACCUGAGGACCAGCCUGCAGUACACCACGGAGGCGUCUGCUGUCAUUGAAUUCACCACAGAUGUCAACUUCUAUGAAAUGCCUUUCAAAAUGUGUUUACAAAUGGCACAGCCACCAUUUACAUACAGUGAAAGGAUAACUAAAACAGAGGGAGCUAGCAUAUUUCCAACAAUGUAUGAAUCCAUAUAUAAAAAGUUACGUAAAAUGGAUGGACGCUCCUUUAUCCUUCACUCUCAGAAUUCCAAACAGUGUGCUGUCAUGGAUUUAGAACAGUAGCGCCCUCAGGUGAUAGUAAUUAAUAGAAGCUGCCAGAAUGGGGUAUCUGGAACCCAUUUCAGAAAGUCUUGGUUAGUUAACAAAGUUUUUGCGAAGGAUUUAUCAAAACUUUUAGCCGACAGUGGCUUUGUGAAACUGUAUCAGAUGUAGCAUACUUAAUUCAUACAAAGAUAAGGCAAAAAAAAGGAAAAGACUGCAUUUUGGCUAUAAUGUGUUCACACAUACUGCACCCAUUUAUUGGAAUUUAUUAGGAAACUCAAAUGACUUGUACUUCAGUGCAUUUGAGAGCUUCAUUCUCAGGGUGAAAGGUUCAAUCUUUUUUACCCCAAACUGGAAAACUUACCUUACGAACAUCACUAUUUAUUGUAAACUCUGUAUGCAAAAAUGAUGUAAUUUUCUUGGAUCAUUUCAAUUCAUCUAGACACUUCUGUGGAAGUUUGCUGGCUCGUCUUACUGGUUCCAUGGUUUUAUGAAGAAGUAGUAGCUUAAUAUUGUAGAUUUUAGAUUUGUGCGUUUCAUAAAUCAGGGUAAAUUCAUUAUCAUGUGGAGAACCUUGCAUCUCUCAGUAAUUAAACUGAUCUCUAUGUUA